AAAUUUACAACAAAAUUGGCGAAUGCGUCCGCAGCACCGAGCGUGAUCUUCGUUUAAUUUACUUUUACGGAACGAUAAAAGUGAUUCGCACCAGAUUGAUAUCGGUAUUUAUUUUUGUGUGGUGGUUGGUCGUAGUAGCGAUGGUGCGGUACUCCUCUUCUUUCUCCAAAUCUAUCUGAUUUUAAAGGUCGUUUUUCGGUUGGAUGUUUACUGAUUCGUCUGGCGGUGGGAAGAGUUUUAAUUAUUACUUUUUUUUUGGCGCGUUUUUGUGAUUAUUGUGAUUUGUGAUUCAGUGAACAUUUUAAGGAAUCAUGAUGCUGCCGAUCGGUUAAGACUUUUACUGGAUAUUUUUUAGGUUUUUGAUUUGAAUUUCCGUAAUACGAUGGGCUUAUACAAACAGUAUUUUAGAAUAACUCAGCAAGCAUUGGGCCUAAAAAAAUCCGAUAAUGGCAAAAAUGGGAUCGCAUUGCAGAUGCUUAUUUCCCAACACGUUAGUCACGGUCACCUGUCUGUUGUAAUUAUUGGUCUAUUUACGUUAGCGAUGGGAAUUAUUUUGUCAUCGAUACCAUGGCUCGAUUAUAUUAUACUUAAGAAUUUACGACUAAAAGAGGGCAGCCUUAGCUUUCAAUACUGGCAGAAGCCCGGGGUAAUACGACUGACGAAAGUUUACAUUUUUAACGUGACCAAUCCGGAUGGAUUUCUUACCAAAGGAGAAAAGCCAAAAUUGAUAGAAAUCGGGCCUUUUGUUUAUAGGGAGGACAUGGAAAAAGUAAACAUCAAAUUCCACGACAACGGCACCGUUUCAUAUCAACACAAAAAAAUUUUGAAAUUUGUACCUGAAUUAAGUGUAAGCCAGCAACAUAAGAUAACUGUACCAAAUAUUCCUUUAUUGACUUUAUCGUCCCAAUCGAACAAUCUCGGUUGGUUCGUUCAACGUGCUAUUUCGGUGAUGCUAAGCAUGAGCUCGGUGAAACCGUUCGUCAGCGUAACCGCAGACGAGCUGGUGUUCGGAUACGACGACAGUCUGGUCGCAUUGGCCCAUAGAUUCUAUCCGAAACGGAAAAAACCGCAAACCAAAAUGGGACUUUUAAUUACUAGAAAUGGAACUUUACCAGAAGUUCACAAUGUUUAUACAGGGAUGACUGGAAUGCAAGAGUUUGGUUUGAUUGCAAAUUUGAAUGGUAAGGAAACUCUACCGUAUUGGAAUGAGCCACCUUGUAAUACUUUAGAGGCAAGUGAGGGAUCUUUCUUCCCUCCUAGAUACUAUACAAAAAAGGAUGUUAUUACCUUAUACGACAAGGAUUUAUGUAGGACAUUUCCAAUGCAAUAUAGAUUAAGUGACCAAAAACAUGGUAUUUCUUAUGACCUAUUUACCUCAGCCGAUGAUAUAUUUGAAUCUGUAGAUAAAAAACCUGAUAACAAGUGCUACUGUCCGGGAAACGAGUAUUGCCCGCCAAAAGGAUUACAAAAUAUUAGUCCUUGCCAAUAUGAUGCUCCAGUCUAUUUGUCGUUUCCACAUUUUCUGGAUGCAGAUCCUACUUUUAUUAAUACUGUUGAUGGUUUGGAACCCAAGAGGGAGUUGCACGAGACUUAUAUGAAAAUUCAACCAAAAUUAGGGGUUCCUUUAGAGGCUAAAAUUAGAGUACAAUUAAACUUGAGAGUCUUACAAGCCCCUCACAUUACGGCUGUUAGGGAUUUUAGGAGUAUGAUGUUUCCUGUUAUGUGGCUAGAAGAGGGUAUAGAUGAUCUAACUCCUCCUAUACGUAGAUGGAUGUACCUGGCAACCACAUUUGCCGAGAUAGCCUGCCCGUUGUUCACUUAUGGCUGUAUUUUGUUUGGUAGCUGCUUGGUUAUUGGGGUCUUUGUAAACGCUUAUAAGUCACUAGUCUUCACUAAAGAAACAAUAGAAAUCGGUAUGAAAAAUUUGAGGAGGAGAAGCAGCUUAUUGAUAUCUAGCUCUAACAGGUUUAUUUCCAGAAGAGAAACGUAUACUCUUCUAGAUUUUCAAGAUAUUGAUGCAGAUGGGGAGGUUUAACAAAGUAAAAGUGUACAAAUUUAAAUAGUUGCUCAAAUUGACCCGCUGAGGUUGAUUAUUUGUUGCUAGUCUAAGUAAAAUCGUUUAGAAUUUCUAAGCGGUUUUUUUUAGUAUUGAAGGGUUUGCUCAAACUCAAUUUAUAAUAGAAAAAAAUUAAAUUAAUGAUGGACUGUAUAAAUAAAUAUUAGGUAGCCAGUUAUACAAAUUUCAUUAAAAUAAUAAUUAUUCUAGUCUUUAGUAAAGGGAUGUAAGUUAUAGUAUUUUUAAGUAUGUACAUAAAGUAUAUUAUUCAAAAUUUUAUUCAAAAAUUAAAUUACCGAAUUUUAAAUAUUGUUAGCAGUACUAUUGGAGAAUUUAAGACAACCACUCAUUGGCAAAAGUUACCAUUUUAAUGUAUAUUUUAAUAUCGUUUUAAGGUUUUUAUGUAAUAAAGAAAUAAUAAAUACUGUAUUAUACUUCGGGAUCAAA